AUGCGUCUUACCACCGCGCUGAUCACUUCUAUCCUCGCCAUAGGCGUCAUCGCUAGUCCAAUCGAGGGCCGUGAUACCCAGCUCGCUCGUGAUAGAUAUCCUGAUAAGGCCUACAACGACGGCUACUACAAGGACCAUGACAAGGAUCACGAGAAGGACCACGACAAGGAUCAUGACAAGGACCAUGACAAGGACCAUGACAAGGACCACAAGAAGGACCAUGGCAUAGACUAUUACAAGAACUACGACAAGCGCCAGAAUCAGAACUAUGACUGGGACAACAAGAAGGACCACGACAAGGAUCAUGACAAGGACCACGACAAGGACCACGACAAGGACCAUGACAAGGAUCAUGACAAGGACCACAAGAAGGACCACGACAAGGACCACAAGAAGGACCACGACAAGCGCGACGACAAGGACCACGACAAGGACCACAAGAAGGACCACGACAAGGAUCAUGACAAGGAUCAUGACAAGGAUCAUGACAAGGAUCAUGACAAGGACCACAAGAAGGACCACGACAAGGACCGCAAGAAGGAUCAUGACAAGCGCGACGACAAGGACCACGACAAGGACCACAAGAAGGACCACGACAAGGACCACGACAAGGACCACGACAAGGACCACGACAAGGACCACGACAAGGACCACGACAAGGACCACGACAAGGACCACGACAAGGACCACGACAAGGACCACGACAAGGACCACAAGAAGGAUCACGACAAACACUACUGA